AUGCGCGUUGUUUGUAUCGCUUCGGCGUCCAGAGCAGCUUGGACUGCAUCUGAUGACGUUGGGACUCAGAAGAAGAGGAGGAAAACUGCACUCAUUUCUUUGCCUCUCCUUCGUCGUCCCUCGAGGAAAAGAUGCAUGGAAUACGAACAGAUACUACAGACGAAAGAAAGAGGAGAAAGGAAUGCCUUCGCCUUGUCCAUUGCCACCGUAGGUGCACACUUUGAUGACGUGAGAGCAUCACGACAUCGUCGCAGGGGUGAACAUGUAAAGGCUUUCGCGACGACGUCCAUGACGACAGAGGACGGGGGGAAGAACGACGCGCAAAAGAUAGCAACAACAACAACGAAAAAAAGAUCGACAUCAAUCGCACAAAUCAUGAAAGCAGUCGUUCGUGCGUUCUUACUCUCGCUCGUUGUCGCAGCAUUUGUCGUGUAUGGCGCGAGAAUAUAUUUUGGUAAACGAAUUAAUAUACCCGGUUUUAGUUCUGGUUUUACGUCUGGCAUUCUGCUUUUCUCGCAACGCGUCGCCAUGGUUGCGUGUAUGCGAUUUAUGUUUGGAAACGUGAAGAAGUUGACAUCAUUUAUGCAGCAUAAGAAAGAGAUUGAUAGCAGUGGUGUUAGUAGCAAGGAUAGUAAUGGUAGUAAUCAACGUAUUGGAAUCGACGGGUACGUGAAAAGGUCCAUCGCGCGAGCGGUGGGUAAAUUUAAAGCAAAUCCAAAGGGCGCGAUGUUUAUUCCGGUCGUCGCCGCGUUUGUCGGUUACAUCACAAAUUGGCUCGCGGUGAAAAUGAUCUUCUAUCCCGUAGCAUUUUGGGGACCAGCGUUCUGGCGAGCUUUGGAAGGGAAUUUGUAUGGAUUCGACGUGUUGAGUCCCCUAGGAGCAAUAGGGUGGCAAGGCAUCGUGCCGGCAAAGGCGCCGCGAAUGGCUUUUACCAUGGUCACCAUGGUCACGGAAAAGUUGAUAGACGUGUCUCAGACGUUCUUACGUUUGAAUCCAGAAGAUAUUUCAAAUCUACUCUUCUCUAGAAUUCCGGAAAUUGCGCGCGCCAUAGCUAGUACGCUCACGCUGAACAAAUUUCCGUGGGCGAUGGAUAUGGCGAAGAAUGCUGUUCCUACACUUCCUGGACCUUUGCUUUCAGAGUUGCACGAAUCUGUAGUCUCUAAGUACCUCUCCGGGUUCGUCGUUCUCUUACAAGCGAACGUUGAUCGAGUCAUUGAUUUGAAGGAGUUGGUAGUUACGGAGAUGAGCGUCGAUCGAUCCGUUUUGUGCGAAUUGUUCCAGCGAUGCGGUCGCGCUGAAUUGAAGUUCCUCACGGAUUCCGGAUUCUUUUUUGGAUUUUUGCUCGGUCUCAUUCAAAUGGUCGUGUGGAUGUUUUACGAUAAUCCCUGGACCUUGACAAUUGGUGGCACAAUCGUUGGAUACUUGACGAACUGGAUAGCGUUGAAAUUGAUAUUUGAGCCAAUCGAACCUGUGUAUUUUGGCGGCUUUAAACUGCAAGGUUUGUUCCUUCAAAGACAACACGAAGUUUCGGGUGAGUUUAGCGACCAUCUCGCAGAGAACGUGCUGACGAGCGAGAAGAUUUGGAACAACAUUUUUACCGGCCGGAAACGUCCAGAAUUUGACGAUAUGCUCGAAACGUACACGAAAGACUUCGUAACGAAAGAAGGCUUGGAGCGAGGAUUAGAUUCAUUAGGGGAAUCCACAACGGAUGUUCAAAUUAUUCAAUCGGUAAGUGAGGAACUUUCGAAAGAGUUGCCAAAACACGUGGAAGUAUUGCAUGAGUACACGGAUGAAACUCUCGCGUUGAAGGAGCUCAUGCGUGAGCGCAUGGAACUCAUGACGCCCAAGGAGUUUGAAAGAGUUUUACAUCCAAUAUUCGAGGAAGACGAGAUGACGUUGAUAAUCUCCGGCGCAGUUCUCGGAGCUAUAGCUGGUUUUUUGCAACAAAUCUACACGGUAGCAAUAGAAUCGACGACGACGGUGACGACGACCACGACGACUAGCUCAACAACUAACGAUGAAAAAGAAUAG